AUAGCCACAAUCAGUGGACUAGUACCCUGGCACAUCCUCAGUCCAUAACCCUCACCUCCCCCAUCCCAGCCCCCCGCACAUACACAGACUCACACACUGUGCACACGCAGGCGCCUCCCCCCGCCCCUGGGAUCCCGUAGCCCAGAGCCGCUCUCACACAGCUGCGCUAGCGGAUACAGCUUCCAUGGAAUAAAGGCCACAGCUACACAAAUCCCUUUGCGACUCGAUGUGGGCUUUUCUAGCUUUCAAAGGCAGCCAACUAAUAGUGCUAUGCUUGUUUGACUGACUUGGAUUCAGUGCUCGGUGCUGGUACUGGAGCUGUGUGCCAUGUAUCAAGGUCUACUAGUCAUGCGAAAGUUCCUGUUUGUGGGAAUAACUUUUGCUGCCUUGCUUCAUUUCAUGCUUCACAUAUUUGUGCAGAAGAAAACCAUAUCCACGUUACCGACAGACGCUGUAAAAGAAUUUAAAACCUGCUACAAUGAAAAGUUUCGGUUAAUUCUAAACAUGUCUGAAAUUGACCCCUUUCUUUGUCAAGACAUCAGGAAGCAGUCGGUGAAUCUGGGGAGCAGCAAGCUCGACCUGCCAUAUGGCACACGUAGAGCAGAGAGGUUUUUUGACAUGGCUCUUAAGAACCUCCCGCAAUGUAACCUCCCGGAAGAAAUAAAGAAUAUUUCCUGCAAGAAAUGCGUUGUGGUGGGGAACGGAGGAGUGCUGCGCAACAGCUCAUUGGGCAAAAAAAUUGACAGCUAUGACAUCAUAAUAAGAAUGAACGACGGUCCUGUGCUGGGUUAUGAAGAUGACGUGGGACAGAAGACAACGUUCCGACUCUGCUAUCCUGAGUCCAUCUUCUCACACAGUUUGCACUAUGAUCCUAACACUACUGUUGUCCUAUUGAUGUUUAAGCCUCAUGAUGUCAAGUGGUUAUCAGAGCUGCUCAUGCACAAACGAGUGAGCACAUAUGGAUUCUGGAGGAAACCAGCCAUGAAUCUGAUCUACAAGCCCCACCAGCUGAGAGUGCUGAAUCCUUUCAUUCUUCGCCAAGUAUCUCAGAACCUACUGAAUUUUCCAAUCAGCUUUCCAAAGACCGAGAAACCAAAGCAUCCGACAACUGGGAUUAUCGCCAUCACCCUGGCAUUCCAUAUAUGCAACGAAGUACAUAUAGCAGGAUUCAAAUACAACCUGACAUCUUUAAACAGUACACUACAUUACUAUGGAAACGAGACCAUGUCUGUCAUGGCUCAGAACGAAUACCACAACAUUUCAGCUGAGCAGAUGUUUAUAAGGGACCUCGUUGAACAGAAAACAAUUAAGAACUUGACGUGAUACAUAUUACUAAGGACAUCUGACAAAUCAAAGACACUUUUCCUAUUUUUAUACAUUUCUUCUUUUUUUUUAACCGUUAAAGUAUUUUUGGGGGGAAAAAAUCAAGACGGAAAAAUGAAAAAAAAAACUUUAAUACCCCAUGCGUUCCGUGUAAUGGAUAUGGGAUAUUGGAAUCCCUCUUGUCCAUGUGUAGGGAGAAGAGCCGGCAGAAUUUCUGCCGAGUGUUUGGCUGGAUAGAGUGUUAGUUCUGGUGGCCUAGCUCUUUAACACUCUACAGAAUUAGAUGUUUCCUCAGAUUUGUCUAAUCGCCCGGAUCCUCCCAUUGGAGCGCUCAAGCCAGGAGCAAAGAUGUAAUAUGUACAUUUGUAUAGAAUUGUUUUGAGAAAUUAUCAGUAUUUUGCCCAAAAAAAAAUGUUAUAUAGGAGUUAUGUAGUAAAAUGGACAACAUUAGGCCCUGUCCCUAAACCUGGUUUACUGGAUUAGACUGCAAACUUUGUUCGUGUUACUCCAUAACCUCCAGUGUGUUCUCCUGUUUCAUUUCAAAAUGUUUGUAUCUUUUAGGGAUGCACUGAAUCCACUAUUUUGGAUUCGGCCGAACCCCCGAAUCCUUCACAAAAGAUUCGGCCGAGAACCGAAUCCUACAUUGCAUAUGCAAAUUAGGAGUGGGAAGGGGAAAACAUUUUUUACUUCCUUGAUUUACCUCCCCGUCCCUAAUUUGCAUAUGCAAAUUCGGAUUUGGUUUAGCUGGGCAGAACGAUUCGUCCGAAUCUGAAUCCUGCUGAAAAAGGCCGAACCCCGAACCGAUUCCUGGAUUGGAUGCAUCCCUAAUAUCUUUAGGGUUGUUUCUGUAUCAAGGAAUGCCGUCAGUUCAUGAACGGGAUCACUUCCUUCAGUGAUGAGGCUGUGAUAUCCUGCGGUUGGUCUGAGUUGCAUUAUUUGGGAGAAAUACACUAAUCACAUUGACCCCUUAACCCCAUUCAAACAAGGGGCGCAUUCUCUUGUUCAACAAUGUUCACUGCAGAGUGUCGGUCCAUUUGGGUUAAGGGGCAUCUAGACUCUCACAAAAAAAGAAUGUGAACUAACUCGGGGUAGUAGUUGACAUUUCUUUUCUAUUUUCAGUGGUUUUUGUAAUAUUGGCAGUUUUAGACCGCUAAUACACGAUGUUCGUCUUAUCCAAAGCGAUCCAAAACUGACAGCAUAACCACUAAAAACUGAAAAUGAAUGUUGAUUCUGACUUGAGUACUGAUUACGUUUACAUAAUUUUUUUGGGGGGUGGAGUUUGCAGAAAGGUAUUGCAGAUACCCCCAGGGUAAUAGAUUGUAUCAGGCACUGGGAUUUAAAUAGUGAAUAUCUCCUAAGUGUAACGGCACACGUAUCAUAUCUGCUGCGAGUGGAGUUGCCAAAACACUAACCAUUGUUAAAGGGGCAGCAUACACCUACAGCUUGUGCUAGAAAUGUAUUCUGCCUAUUCCUUUCAUUUUAGUUUUAAAUGGAGAGAAUGAGCUCAGUAUAAACAACCUCCGCCCCCCUUGUUGCCCCUCAGUUUGGCAUACAGAGAAGUCCAGGGGGUAUAUAUAUACACAUGUACACUGGGUACUUUGAUCAACUAUCUUCUCCCAAGGCUUCUCACAAAAACCUGGAAGUUGAAACUCACUGGGGCUCAUUUAUAGAUACGCCCAAAAGAAGCGACACAAGGGGAGAACCAGCCGCUGUAUAUUGUGCUUGGGGAAUAUAUAUCAUCUCAGGCUCAUUUACCAACACCUGGGCAACCAAUCAGUGAUCAGCUUUAUUCAAACCGCCGCAAAUAGACCAGCAAAGAAAAUAUUACAUUGGAUCCUUCCCGUGUGCAAAGUGCCGAGUGUUAGCGCUGAUGUUCUUUUGCUCACAGCCCUUUGGAUGGAGAUCACUUUAGGUUUUUUGGGGGUUUUUUGUGCAAUGAUGUAAAAAAAAAAAAAAAAUGCUGACUAGAAACCUAUAUCAACCAGUGACGAUUGCGUAUACGUGUGUAGUUUUUUUUUUGUAUUAUAAUUUAAUCUCUGCUGUUCUUCUCUGGAAUUUAGGCUAGAGGAUAGAGGCAUUCGUUGUAAGCAGAUAGCAAGGUAACUUUUUGGUAGCGUCGGAUUGAGAACACGCAGGAGAGCAGCAUCGUUUGUACAUAUCUCUGUGAAUGUAUGGUGAUACCAAUAAAGGUACUUCUGAA